UUUCCCCAUCUUGCCCCGCGCUGUCCCGCCUUAGCGGUCAGUCUUCUCGUGUACUUUAGAAAGGACUACGAAUCCCAGCGAGCAGAGCGCCACCCGAGAACGCAAGAGGAGGAGCUCGGAGCCGUCCAGCCAGGGGCCCUCGCAUUUGGUGGAGGUGGCCAUGGGGAAGCGAUACUUCUGUGAUUACUGUGACCGCUCCUUCCAGGACAACCUGCACAACCGAAAGAAGCACCUCAAUGGGCUGCAGCACCUCAAGGCCAAGAAGGUGUGGUACGACAUGUUCCGAGAUGCAGCUGCCAUCCUGCUAGAUGAACAGAACAAGAGACCCUGCAGGAAAUUCCUGCUGACAGGCCAGUGCGACUUUGGCUCCAACUGCAGAUUUUCCCACAUGUCAGAACGAGAUCUGCAGGAACUGAGCAUCCAGGUGGAGGAGGAGAGGCGGGCCAGAGAGUGGCCACUGGAGACUGCUGAACUUCCUGAGGGCCACCUGGAGGACUGGCUGGAGAAGAGAGCUAAGAGGCUGAGCUCAGCCCCAAGGAGCAGGACCGAACCCAUCAGAACCACUGUCUUCCAGUACCCCGUGGGCUGGCCGCCAAUGCAGGAGCUGCCCCCCUCCCUGCGGGCACCCCCUCCUGGAGGAUGGUCCCUACAGUCCAGAGUCCAGUGGGGCUGAGCUCUUCCCCUGAUUUCUCCGCCUGACUUCUCCUGGUCACCAGUCAUAGUAAAGACAGUUGCUCAACCUAGGAAGUGGAGCUGCCUUCCCACUGUCCCCCUGGAGCCUCUGAGACUAUGAGCUUGGCCUCUCCACCCACCCACCAUCCCUCAGGGCAUAUCUUGAAGAUGGGUGAGAAACAUCCAAAUGUUUAUAAAGAAAGUCUAUCCUCGA